AAGCCAGGUUGCAAUAAUAGACUGGGCUGGCAGUAAUAGUGGGCCCUCCGGAAAAAAAGGUAAUAGUGGGCCAUGGGCUCUGGACCUUGGAUCUGCAUUCUCAGAAGUUUCAGCCCAACAAGGCCCCCGCGACGACGGCGAACCACAUCCAUCCAGGAAACGAAUGAAUCAGCAACGGACAACCAACUCCCCUCAUCUCUUGGCUGCCGAGAAAAGAUCGGCAGAGAUUCAGAUGAGGCUCUGUCUCCGGCAAGCGGCGGCCGCGGCCACGGCCACCUGCAGCUCCCCCGUCGCAGCCACCCUCCACGGCAAGAGUUCUCCAAGCUCCCUCGCCCAUGGCCGGCUCAGCUUCAGCCACAUGUCGCUGCAGACGACGCCCGACCAUCGCCGACACCGAGCAGGGUGGGCGGUGCGCGUGCUUCCGCUGACGGAGGAGAACGUGGAGAAGGUGCUGGACGAGGUGCGGCCGAGCCUGAUGGCGGACGGCGGCAACGUGGCGCUGCACGAGAUCGACGGCCUCGUCGUCGUGCUCAAGCUGCAGGGGGCGUGCGGCUCCUGCCCGAGCUCCACCAUGACGCUCAAGAUGGGUAUCGAGACGCGCCUCCGCGACAAGAUCCCCGACAUCCUCGAGGUCGAGCAGAUCGUCGACACCGAGACCGGCCUCGACCUCAACGCCGACAACGUCGAGAAGGUGCUUGAUGAAAUCAGACCAUACCUCUCCGGCACUGGAGGUGGAAGCCUCGAGCAACUCCAGAUUGAUGGAUAUGUCGUCAAGAUCAGGAUCAGUGGACCUGCAGCUGGUGUAAUGACAGUACGAGUAGCUGUGACACAAAAACUGAGGGAAAAAAUACCUUCCAUCUUGGCUGUUCAGCUCACUGAAUAGAAACGUGAGAGUUAAAUCAUCAUCACAAACGAAACUCGGCUUUCUGGUGAAUGUUCAGUCUUCAGUCUUAUACUUCUGUCGUUACAAUGAAUUACAAAACUAAAUAAUACAAUUGUCAUGCAA